AAAUUAGCUCAGCUCAGUUCAGUUUUCAAAAACCCUAGUACAGGUCCUGCUGAUCGGUCGGUGGGACGGUCCGUCGAGCCAUCGGAAGUCGCACAGUAUGAGGGAAGAAGAGGUGGAGAAGCUGAGGGGGGUAGUGCGCGACUGCGUGACCAAGCACCUGUACUCGUCGGCCAUCUUUUUCGCCGACAAGGUCGCCGCCUUCACCAAUGACCCCGCCGACAUCUACAUGCAGGCCCAAGCCCUGUUCCUCGGCCGCCACUUCCGCCGCGCCUUCCACCUCCUCAACGCCUCCAAGAUCGUCCUCCGCGAUCUUCGCUUCCGUUACCUCGCAGCAAAAUGCCUUGAGGAGCUGAAAGAGUGGGAUCAGUGUCUCCAGAUGCUUGGCGAUGCUAAAGUGGAUGAACAUGGGAAUGUGUAUGACAGCAAGGAUGUUAAUGUAAUGUACCCAGAUGAGGAUGGAGAAGACCGCGAGAUUAAUAUAUCUUCAGCAAUAUGCUUUUUAAGAGGGAAGGCAUAUGAGGCCUUGGAAAAUCGCGCUCAAGCUCGACUAUGGUACAAGGCUGCUGUGAAAGCUGAUCCUUUGUGUUAUGAGGCAUUGGAAUGUCUUAUUGAGAAUCACAUGCUAACAGGUGAAGAAGAGACCAGUUUACUUUCUUCAAUUCAAUUUGGUCCUGAAGAUGAUUGGCUCACCUCAUUCUAUUCAUGUCUGAUUAAGAAGAAUGAUGCAGAAAAUGUAGUUGAAGGCAAAUUCAUAGAACUUGAGAAGGAAGGAUACAAUUAUAACCAUUCUGACCCAUCUUUCGCGCAUACCUGGAAGAACAACACUGAUCUUUUAGUGUGCAAAGCGGAAUACUAUCAUCAGUGUGGUGAAUAUCAGAAAUGUUUUGAGUUGACUUCCGCGUUGCUUGAAAAAGAUCCUUUCCAUAUGAAAUGCACAUUGAUACAUGUAGCAGCGGCAACUGAACUUGGCCAUUCAAAUGAACUCUACCUCAUGGCAUGCAGUUUAACUAAAGACUAUCCAGAAAAGUUAACUGUGAGGACACCCUCUUUUUUUCCCCUCUGCAGAGCCUUGUCGUGGUUCGCUGUUGGCUGCUACUAUUACUGUAUCAAGAAGUAUGAACUGUCAAGGCGUUAUUUUAACAAGGCAACAAAUCAUGAUGGGACAUUUGCACCUGCGUGGAUAGGUUAUGGAAAUGCUUAUGCCGCUAAAGAAGUGGGUGAUCAAGCAAUGUCAGCUUAUCGAACUGCUGCGCGUUUGUUUCCUGGGUGUCAUUUGCCAGCUUUGUACAUCGGGAUGGAGUAUAUGCGAACUCAUAGCUUUAAACUUGCCGAGCAGUUUUUUAUGCAGGCUAAAUCUAUUUGCCCGACAGAUCCUCUUGUAUAUAACGAACUCGGAGUUGUGGCUUAUCACAAGAAGGAGUAUGAUAAAGCUGUAUGCUGGUUUGAGAAAACAUUAGCACACAUUCCAUCUGCUCUAAGUGAAAUAUGGGAACCGACCGUGGUUAAUCUCGGUCAUGUGUACAGAAAACUAAAGAUGUUCAAUGAAGCAAUUAAGACCUACGAGAAAGCUCUUACAUUAUCAACGAGAAGCGUGAGCACUUACGCGGGUCUUGCUUACACUUAUCAUUUGCAGGAUAAUUUUGCUGUUGCGAUUGAUAUGUACGAAAAGGCCUUGUGGUUGAAACCUGAUGAUAAGUUCUGCGGUGAGAUGUUGGCCAUCGCUCUUGAGGAGGGGGCUCAUCGCGGGAUGGACCCCAAAUUGGAGUAUCGUUGAUGGUGCGUGUGUCCUCCUUCAGCGUAGUAGUUGUCUGUACAUGUAAAUUCGUUAUGUCAUGCCUCAGGUAUCGAAUCAGGUGACUUAUGCAGCAUUAUACCGAUUUUGUACUGUGAUAAGAAUGGACAUUCCCAGCCACCAAUUUUGCUUGUAACAGAUUUCAUGGGACAUUGUUCUGGUCAUUUUUCGGCAUGUUUAUCCUCGUGCUAGCUGAAGUUUACAGAGUAGCAUCAUCUUCUCUGAGACAUAGUCAAUAAGGACGCAAUUAUUGCCAA